AUGGAAAAAAAUCAACAGGCGUCAAUGAGAAGCGGGGCUUUAGCUGCAAUGGAGGCAGAGCCAGACCUCAGCACUUUCGAGAACAAAUCGGGCUUAGCAGAGGACAUGAAGUUUCUAGCUUCUAUGCCCGAACUAUGCGAUGUCACAUUUCUUGUCGGGGACACCAGGGAACCGGUUUGCGCUGUCAAAGCUGUUUUGGCAUCGCGUAGCAGAGUAUUCCAAAAAAUGCUCUAUCAGGCUCCGAGCCCUCAGAGGAAGAAGGAGCCAGCACCGCGCGAAAAUAAACUGAGACUGUUCCUCAAAAGAUCGUCCGAACCCCUGUUAAAUCUGCAGAACGCAGCGCAACAGCCGUGUUCGCAGCAACACCAAACGCUCAUUAUCGAGGAAUUUGAGCCGGACGUGUUUCGCCAACUAAUCGAAUACAUCCACACGGGAUGCGUGACACUCCAGCCAAGGACUCUGUUGGGCGUAAUGAACGCUGCAGAUUAUUAUGGCUUAGACGAGCUUCGUCGGGCUUGUGCUGGGUUUGUCCAGUGUUGCAUCACGGUGGAUACGGUUUGCGCACUCCUCGCCUCGGCGGAACGUUAUAUCCAGUACAAAUGCACUAAAUCGCUGGUCCAAAAGGUGUUGGAAUUCGUUGACGAGCAUGGGAAUGACGUCUUGAACCUAGGUUCUUUUACGCUGCUGCCUCAGCACGUUGUGCGACUCAUUUUGGCUCGAGACGAACUUCGAGCUGACGAGUUCACCAAAUUUCAGGCAGCACUCAUGUGGAGCAAAAAGUACUGUGACACCAAUCAGAACAUGUCACUUAAAGAUGUGAUUGGUAAUUUCCUCGAAUACAUUCAAUUCCACAAGAUUCCGGCUAACGUGCUUAUGAGAGAGGUACAUCCGCUGGGAUUAGUGCCUUACUCCAUUAUCAUGAAUGCUUUGGCCUACCAGGCAGACCCGGCCAGCGUAGACCCAGGAAAACUGUCCCCAGCAAGGGGGAACUCCCCCCAUCCCGCGCCUGAUCCUGUCCCUGGCCCUUCCACUGCCACCACUUCCACACCUGCCCCUUCAGACAAACCUCCAGAAAAACUUGGUCUAUUCUCCUCCAUCAAAAGAGCUGCCAGCAAGAAGUUUGGUGACCGUCGUUCUCCAACGCCAAAAACGCGCGAGCCAAGAUCGAAAUCGGAUUCAGUUAAACACGCUGCACUCACAAGACAAAUAUCAGAAACCGUAGCAGCAUCGGGCGACCCGACUUUCGAACGCUGCAAACCAAGAAAACGUGAUAGCGAGACGGAAUUCCCUGUAAGAAAAUCAACGUCAGAGAUUUCCGAGAGCUUUCCAUUCGUUCGACGUGCACUCGCUGAAAUAGAAAACGGAUUGAAUUACUUUAGAAAAUCGAUUACGUCGGAACCGAGUGAGCCUAAGGCACCGUUGGCGCGGGCUGAACCUGUAGUUGUGGUGGCGGCGGCCGAAGACGAAACGCCCGCUUCUCCACCACCACCUAUGGGCCUGAAGGAGCGUCGGGGUUCCAGGGGCUCACCUUGCGCGAACCUCCCACCAUUAACGCUGCCACCUCCAACGCCGGAUCCCUCGCCCGGGCGCUUAUCCCCUAACCGACUUUCUCCUCAGCGCCCGAGAGAACCGUCUUCGGCACCGGUAAUUUGUAAUCCCCCGCGUCGUUCAAGGACGCGUUCAGAAAUGCCUCCUGAGCCGCCGCCAAGAUCGCCGCCAACUCCACGCCCGGCGUCCGUAUCGCCGAAACACACGUUUGCCUUCAAAAUAGUAUUAAAAAAGGUAGAAAGCACGCCCAAUACGUCAUUCGAUCGCCCGGACCAA